CUCCCGCACGCUCCGGGGGGCCCGUGUACCCCCCGCCCGGCCCGUCCCGUCCCGUCCCAGGGACGGGACCAUGGCCGGGACCAUGGCGCUGCUGCCGCUCGCGCUGCUGGGGCUCCUGCUCGCCGGGCGGGGGGGCCAGGCCCUCGUCCCCCCCAGCGAGCUCAAGCAGAUGUCAGCGGCUGGCAGCAAAUACAUCGACACGGAGGUGGAAAACGCCAUCAACGGGGUGAAGCAGAUGAAGACCCUCAUGGACAAGACCAGCAAGGACCACCAAGCCAUCCUGCACACACUGGAGGAGACCAAGAGGAGGAAGGAGGAGGCGGUUCAGCUGGCGCGGGACAAGGAGCAGCAGCUGGCGGCCAAGCAGGAGGUUUGCAACGAGACGAUGCUGGCGCUGUGGGAGGAGUGCAAGCCCUGCCUCAAGCACACCUGCAUGCGCUUCUACUCCCGAACCUGCCACAGCGGCUCAGGGCUGGUGGGACGGCAGUUGGAGGAAUUCCUCAACCGUUCGUCCCCGUUCUCCAUCUGGGUGAAUGGCGAGCGCAUCGACUCGCUGCUGGAGCGCGACCAGCGCCAGGAGCGGCAGUUUGAGGACCUGGAAGAACGAUUCGGUUUGCUGGAGGACGAGGUGGACGACAUCUUCCAGGACAGCACCCAAGUCUACGGCCGCAUUCACCCCUUCUUCCCAGCGCCCUUCGGCGGGUUCCGCGAGGCUUUCCGCCCCCCGGUCCAGCGCGUCCGCCUGGUCCCGCGCAGCCAGAGGUUUUCCCGGGAGCUGCAUCCCUUGUUCCCGCAUCCCCACCACAGCUUCCACCGCCUCUUCCAGCCACUCUUCGAGAUGACGCAGCGGAUGCUGGACGAGGUGCAGGGCGGCUGGGAGCGCCCCAUGGGCACCCUUGGCUCAGAGUCCCGUAACUUCAGCGAUGACCGCAUGGUGUGUCGGGAGAUCCGGAGGAACUCGGCCGGCUGCCUGCGGAUGCGGGAUGAGUGCGAGAAGUGCCGGGACAUCCUCGCCGUGGACUGCCAGCAGACCGACCCCGCGCAGCAGCAGCUGCGGGAGCAGCUGGAGGACGCGCUGCGCCUGGCCGAGCGCUUCACGCGCCGCUACGACGAGCUGCUCCGCGCCUUCCAGGCCGAGAUGCUCAACACCAGCAGCCUCCUGGAGCAGCUCAACCGCCAGUUCGGCUGGGUGUCCCGCCUGGCCAACCUCACCCAGGGCACCGACGGCUUCCUGCAGGUCACCACGGUCCUGUCCAAGGCUCCCAACCCCUCGGACCCCUUGGCGCCCCCCGACACGCAGGUGACGGUGCAGCUGUUCGACUCGGAGCCGCUGUCCCUCACCGUGCCCGGGGACAUCUCCUGGGACGACCCGCGCUUCAUGGAGCUGGUGGCUGAGCAGGCGCUUCGGCACUACAAGCAAAACGCCAUAGAGUAGCCGGGCGAUGUGCCCCUGCCCCACCGAGCACCCCCCAUCACCCCAUCCCAUGCUGGGGGGGCCGAAUGCCGCUGCUCCCCCCCACCACUGCCGGGGUCCCACCACGGGCCCUGAAACAGAGAGGAAAUAAAGGUAGAGCCAAACCCCCCAACUGUGCUCAACUCUUUGGGGCGCAUCCCCCACACAGCAAAUAAACGUUGUAGAAACAGCC